CAUUUGCAGAGACGGUGACUCCUUUUCCUCUUGUGGGGAAGAAUAGCAAGGAACAGCCCAUAGACCGGUUUGAUCUGCACAUUUCUCCGACUUGAACCUGGAAAUUGGAAAGGAGCAGUGAGGUGUUCUGAGUUCCUAGACGUUUGGGAGGACCUGUCUCUGGACCGGUUGUGGGAUUUAUUAGGCAAUAUGAAGAUGUUCCUAACGGAGUGGUUUGGUUUAAAUUAGAAGAGGGGAAAGCAUUCUUGCCUGUGAAAGGAGGAAGGAUUUAGGUCAGAAAAUGUGUAUGCUAUGGUUAACUGGUUCACAGCCUCGGAGGAUCUUGUCUUUCACGGUGUGAAACUCGUUCAGCAUCAGGAUAAGGGAUAACGACUCUAUGGAUAUACAGAAUUCUUCACCAUGGUAAAACUCGCUAACCCGCUGUACACGGAGUGGAUUUUGGAGGCGAUCAAAAAGGUGAAGAGGCAAAAACAGCGUCCUUCAGAAGAGAGGAUAUGCAACGCGGUGUCAUCGUCCCAUGGCUUGGAUCGUAAAACUGUGCUGGAACAGUUGGAAUUGAGCGUUAAAGAUGGGACAAUUUUAAAAGUUUCCAACAAAGGACUCAGUUCUUACAAAGAUCCGGAUAAUCCGGGGAGAGUAGCACUUCCUAAACCCCGGAAUCACGGAAAGUUGGAUGGUAAGCAAAAUGUGGAUUGGAAUAAACUGAUCAAGCGGGCGAUCGAGGGCUUAGCAGAGUCCAGCGGCUCCACCCUGAAGAACAUCGAACGCUUUUUGAAAGGCCAAAAGGAUGUGUCUGCGUUGUUUGGGGGCGGUGCUACCUCCAUCUUUCACCAGCAGUUGCGACUGGCUGUCAAACGUGCCGUUGGCCACGGCAGACUACUCAAAGAUGGACCUCUUUACCGGCUCAACACUAAAGCAGCCAACGCGGUGGAUGGGAAAGAGAGGUGUGAGUCUCUUUCCUGCCUGCCCCCCGUCUCCCUCCUUCCACAUGAGAAGGAUAAGCCGGUUGCUGAACCCAUCCCAAUCUGUAGUUUCUGCCUUGGUACAAAGGAACAAAACCGAGAGAAGAAACCUGAGGAGCUCAUCUCUUGCGCUGACUGUGGCAACAGUGGUCAUCCGUCCUGUUUGAAAUUCUCUCCAGAACUCACGGUUCGAGUGAAGGCACUACGGUGGCAAUGCAUUGAGUGCAAAACGUGCAGCUCCUGUCGAGAUCAGGGCAAAAAUGCAGAUAAUAUGCUUUUCUGUGAUUCAUGCGACCGAGGUUUUCACAUGGAGUGCUGUGAUCCACCACUCACCAGGAUGCCGAAAGGCAUGUGGAUAUGUCAGAUCUGUCGACCUCGGAAGAAAGGAAGAAAACUUCUACACAAGAAGGCUGCACAGAUAAAGCGGCGAUAUGCCAAUCCAAUAGGACGCCCCAAAAACAGGUUAAAGCAACAAAAUGCAGUAUCAAAAGGUCCUUUCAGCAAGGUGCGCGCCGGCCCCGGUCGGGGUCGGAAACGUAAAAUCACCCUCUCCAGCCAGUCAGCGUCUUCGUCGGAAGAAGGGUAUUUGGAGCGAAUGGACGGCCUGGACUUCUGCCGAGAUGGCAGUACCCCCCUGAAAUUCAACAAGAAAACCAAAGGGCUCAUUGAUGGCCUUACCAAAUUCUUCACCCCCUCCCCUGAUGGGCGGAAAGCUCGAGGAGAAGUGGUGGACUACUCUGAGCAAUAUAGGAUCAGGAAAAAGGGCAUCAGGAAAUCAAGCACUUCAGAUUGGCCCGCAGACAAUCAGGAUGGCUGGGAUGGAAAACAGGAAGCUGACGAGCGGCUUUUUGGAAGCCAGGAAGUCAUGACCGAAAAAGAUAUGGAAUUAUUUCGAGAUAUACAGGAACAAGCACUGCAGAAAGUAGGGGUGACUGGUCCUCCUGAUCCUCAAGUCCGUUGUCCCUCUGUUAUUGAGUUUGGGAAGUAUGAAAUCCACACUUGGUAUUCUUCUCCAUAUCCACAAGAAUACUCAAGGCUACCCAAGUUGUAUCUUUGUGAAUUCUGCCUAAAGUACAUGAAAAGUAGAACUAUCCUACAGCAGCAUAUGAAGAAAUGUGGUUGGUUCCAUCCUCCAGCCAAUGAGAUUUACAGAAAAAAUAAUAUCUCUGUCUUUGAAGUGGAUGGAAAUGUCAGUACCAUUUAUUGUCAGAACCUGUGUCUGUUGGCAAAGCUGUUCUUGGACCACAAGACUCUCUAUUAUGAUGUGGAACCGUUUCUUUUUUAUGUGCUGACCCAGAAUGAUGUCAAGGGCUGUCAUCUUGUUGGCUACUUUUCCAAGGAGAAGCACUGCCAGCAGAAGUACAAUGUUUCUUGUAUAAUGAUUCUUCCCCAGUACCAGCGUAAGGGCUAUGGCCGAUUCCUUAUUGACUUCAGUUAUUUGUUAUCAAAGCGAGAAGGCCAAGCAGGGUCUCCAGAGAAACCACUGUCUGAUCUGGGUCGUCUUUCCUACAUGGCUUACUGGAAAAGUGUAAUAUUGGAGUGCCUUUAUCACCAAAAUGACAAACAAAUCAGCAUUAAGAAGCUAAGCAAAUUGACUGGAAUUUGCCCUCAAGACAUUACAUCCACCCUUCACCACCUCCGAAUGCUGGAUUUUCGUAGUGACCAAUUUGUGAUUAUCCGUCGGGAGAAACUGAUCCAAGAUCAUAUGGCAAAGCUUCAGGUGAAUUUGCGACCCAUUGAUGUAGAUCCCGAAUGUUUGCGGUGGACACCUGUCAUCGUCUCCAACUCUGUUGUCUCAGAGGAGGAAGAAGAGGAAGCCGAGGAAGGGGAAAAUGAAGAGCAACAGGGCCUGGAAAGGGAAAUAGAGACGGUGAAGCCUGCAUCUUGGGAGAAAAAAGAGCCAGAUCCUUAUUCUUCUUUAGAGAGUGAAAAGAAACCGGACAUCGUUGCACCAGCCAAUUCGGCCCGGCACAACAAGCAAGUUCUUCCCCUGGACAGUCUUCCUGCAAAUAAUCAGCCAUCAAGGAGAGGCCGAUGCGGGCGGAAGAGCAAAAAGAUCAGAGAGCCUUUCUGUGAGAAAGAAUCCAAACUGCUUGUGGAAGAAACGCCAUCAGUUCCCCGGGGACGAUACGGUGAAUGUGAGGAGAAAUCUGCCCCCUCCCAGGGGCAAUAUACUGAAUGUGAGGAGCAGUCAGUAGCCUCUCCAGAGCGUUUUGGUAAAGAUGAGAAAUCAGAAGCUCCCAGGAGACGAUACAGUGAAGGCGUCGAGAUUUGGAGAGGUCAGCUAAAGAAAACGCCAGAGGUUCUGAAGUGCAGAUUGCCAGAAGGGAGUGAUAGGUUGCCUCGUCGAUAUAGCGAUGGUGACCGAGCCCUCCUGAGGAGUUUUAGUGAGAGUAGCGAGGAAGAAGAAGAAGAACCUGAAAGUCCUCGAUCAACUUCUCCACCGGUUCUGACUAAGCCCACGUUGAAACGAAAGAAGCCAAUUCUUCAUCGGCGAAGGCGAGUCCGAAAACGCAAGCACCACAAUAGCAGUGUGGUCACGGAAACUAUUUCUGAAACAACAGAGGUGUUAGAUGAGCCUUUUGAAGACUCUGACUCCGAGAGGCCAAUGCCCCGAUUGGAGCCCACGUUUGAGAUUGACGAAGAGGAGGAGGAAGAGGAUGAGAAUGAGUUGUUCUCCAGGGACUACUUCCAUCGUUUGCCCCCUCAAGACGUCCUCAGGCAUCGGCCCUCUUCCAAGAGGAAGUCCAAAGAUGAAGAGGAGGAGGAAUCAGAUGAUGCUGAAGGCACCCCUAUCCUGAAGCCAGUAUCUCUGUUGAGAAAAUGUGAUGCGAAGGAUUCUCCCCUUGAGCCAGAUACUUCCACACCUAUGAAGAAGAAGAAAGGAUGGCCGAAAGGCAAAAGCCGUAAACCCAUCCACUGGAAGAAAAGACCCGGCCGAAAACCAGGGUUUAAGCUGAACCGGGAGGUGAUGCCAGUGUCUGGUCAAGAAAGCAGACUCGAGUCCAUGGUACCUAUCGCCAAGGCUGGGCGUAAGCCUAAACCGCAAGAGCAAGAAGAGGCUGUUGAGCAGAAAGAUGACCUCCCGCUUGCGGAGGAGCGGAAGGAGGACGACAUGCACGUGGAAACAGAAGAGGUGGGAGAGGGAGAAGAAGAAGAUACCACCAGCAGUGAAGUUAGAGCAGCUUCCCCAGUGGACAGCAACAGCAGCCCAGUGACCGAAGCUAAAGAACCCGAGCUAGAGGAAGAAGCAGAAGAGAAGCCGCGGGUGUCGGAUGAGCAGAGGCAAUCGGAGGAAGAGCAGCAGGACCUAGAGGAGCAGGAGCACGAGGAAGAGGAUGAAGUGGCCAUAGUGACCAACGAAAACGAGGACCACGACGCAGAUGAUGAAGAUGACGGUCACUUGGAGUCGACCAAGAGAAAAGAAUCGGAGGAGCAGCCGGUGAGAGAAGGAGUCAAAGAGGAGCCCGAUGUCCAGGAGUCUUUUUUAGAAACAGAUACACAGAACGGCAGAGAGGACGUAAAGGGCAAAAAUGAGACCGAGCCAGAUUCGGAGGAGGAGCAGGCGUCUCACGAGACGUCAGUCGUGUCCGAGCACCUGCCGGGGUCUGAAGACGACCGUGAAGAAGAGCAAAACACUAAAGAAGCGUUGAUUGAACUGAAAGAAGAGGAAGAGAUUCCUCACAGCGAACUGGACCUGGAAACGGUCCAGGCGGUUCAGUCGCUGACGCAAGAAGAAAGCAACGAGCACGACGGAGCCUACCAAGACUGCGAGGAGACGCUUGCCGCGUGUCAGACUCUCCAGAGUUAUACCCAAGCUGACGAAGACCCUCAGAUAUCCAUGGUGGAAGACUGUCACGCGUCAGAGCACAACAGCCCGAUCUCCUCGGUCCAGUCGCACCCCAGCCAGUCGGUCCGUUCCGUCAGCAGCCCCAACGUGCCGGCUCUGGAGAGCGGUUACACCCAGAUCAGCCCCGAGCAAGGAUCCCUGUCCGCCCCCUCUAUGCAGAACAUGGAGACCAGCCCCAUGAUGGAUGUGCCUUCGGUAUCAGACCACUCUCAGCAGGUGGUGGACAGCGGCUUCAGUGACCUGGGCAGCAUUGAGAGCACCACCGAGAAUUACGAAAACCCCAGCAGUUACGAUUCCACGAUGGGAGGCAGCAUCUGUGGGAAUAACUCUUCCCAGAGCAGCUGCUCUUACGGGGGCCUGUCUUCCUCCAGCAGCCUCACCCAGAACAGUUGCGUGGUCACUCAGCAGAUGGCCAACAUCGGCAAUAGCUGCAGCCUGAUGCAGCCGAACAGCGUCCAGCCCGCUGCCAACUGCAGCAUCAAGUCACCUCAGAGCUGUGUGGUGGAAAGGCCACCGAGUAACCAGCAGCAGCAGCAGCAGCAACAGCAGCAGCAACAGCCACCGCCGCCGCCGCCGCCGCCGCCACAGCAACCAGCACCGCCGUCGCAACAGCAGCAGCAACAGCCUCAACCCCAACAGCCUCAGCCUCCGCCUCCACCCCAGCAGCAGCCUCCCCUGUCACAGUGUAGUAUGAACAACAGCUUCACCCCGGCACCCAUGAUCAUGGAGAUCCCCGAAUCUGGAAGCACCGGCAACAUAAGUAUCUACGAGAGGAUCCCGGGGGAUUUUGGGGCGGGCGGCUACUCCCAGCCAUCGGCCACGUUCAGUUUAGCCAAGUUGCAGCAGCUGACGAACACCAUAAUGGACCCUCAUGCCAUGCCUUAUAGCCAUUCUCCUGCCGUGACUUCCUAUGCAACCAGCGUGUCUCUGUCCAACACGGGACUGGCUCAGCUAGCCCCCUCCCAUCCAUUAGCUGGGACUCCUCAAGCACAAGCCACCAUGACUCCCCCGCCAAAUCUGGCGUCCACCACCAUGAACCUCACAUCCCCCUUGCUUCAGUGCAACAUGUCUGCGACCAACAUCGGCAUCCCCCACACCCAGAGGUUACAAGGACAAAUGCCGGUCAAGGGACACAUUGCCAUCCGUUCGAAAUCGGCGCCUCUGCCCUCGGCGGCUGCUCACCAGCAGCAGCUCUACGGCCGCAGCCCGCCGGCGGUCGCCAUGCAGGCCGGGCCUCGGGCGCUAGCUGUGCAGCGGGGCAUGAACAUGGGGGUUAACUUGAUGCCGACGACCCCCUACAAUGUCAAUUCCAUGAAUAUGAACACCUUGAAUGCCAUGAACAGCUACAGAAUGACCCAGCCCAUGAUGAACAGCAGUUACCAUAGCAACCCCACCUACAUGAACCAGACAGCACAGUAUCCUAUGCAGAUGCAGAUGGGAAUGAUGGGGAGCCAGGCCUAUACCCAGCAGCCUAUGCAGCCAAAUCCUCAUGGAAACAUGAUGUACACUGGCCCCUCCCAUCACAGCUACAUGAAUGCUGCUGGCGUGCCCAAGCAGUCACUCAACGGACCCUAUAUGAGAAGAUGAGCAAGACGAACUUGCCGCUAAAAACUUAAAUAUAUAUAAAUAAAGGAACCUUUUAUACUGACAAACCAGAGAAAAUGGACCUUUUUCCAGUUAAAAUAUUGCUGUAGAUUUAGAGGGAUUUUUCUUUUCUUUUUUAGAAAGCCUGGUCUUUUUUUUUUUUGUUCGUUUAUUUUGGUU